CCCAGUCAACACAUUCUCUGUCUAUUUCGCCUGGACGGUUGUGCUCUCCUCCCAGAUUCCUAUUUCCCUUCUUUACAGAAUCAAUGCCUUCCAUAAUCGCACAUUCGCACCUAUGCCUUCUCUGCCGGCCGGCCCGGCUGUCCCCCUCCUCUUCCAACUCAUUCUCCUCUUUCAUCUACCAACCGAUUCUGCAAACACCCAUAUCAUGACAUACUGUUCUCAAGACAACUUCACAUCCUCAAACCCCUAUGCCUCAAAUCUCCAACUCCUCCUCUCCAACCUCACCGCCUCUGCCCCGACAUCGUCAACCCUUUCUUCCACUUUCUCCGUCGGCAACUCCCCCAUCACCCAAAUCUUCGGCCUUUCCCAAUGCCGCCCGGACGUCUCCACCGCCAUCUGCGCCGACUGCCUCUCCGACGCAGCCGCGACAGCCACUGGAAACUCCUCAGAAGGUUGCGGAAACCACAAGUCAGCCACUCUUCGCUUCGAUUACUGCUUACUCCGCUACUCGGAUGGGCCAUUCUUCGGUAUCCCUGACAUGACCGUGUUCAUGUAUGCUUUGAGCGUGUAUAACACUUCGAAUCCCACUGUGUUUGAUAGCCAGUUGCAUAGUUUGUUGAGAGGCUUGUCGCUGAAGGCCGCAUCCGCCACGUCGAGGUUUGCGGUUGGGAUGAGGACGUCUGAGGAUAUGGAUAAUAUUUACGGGAUGGCGUGGUGCACGCCUGAUUUAUUUUCUGGUGACUGCGAGGAGUGUCUUUUUGCCGCUGCUCGCUUCCUCAACAGCUUGAAAAUUGGGGGCAAGGUUUCUUCCCAGAGUUGUAUGGUGAGGUAUGAGGUUUUUUUAUUUUUUUCGUUGGAUUUGUUGUCAGCGAUUCCGCCCCCGGCCGUGACGCCUGCCGAGGCGAAGGAACCGAAGGCGAAGACGUUGGAGCUAGACAAUGGAGUUGCGAACUCCGGACGAAAAGAAAAAAAUAAAACAAACAAGAUUAUUUUGCUAAUUGCAAUCUUUGGAGUUGUUACGACAUUGACUCUCACUGCAAUAUUAAUAAUUUUUCUGAUACGGAGUAAAGCUCUGCAGAGAAUAAGAACACGAUUUUGGAUUAAGAAGGUGGAUCUUAAGAACAGUGCUGAUUCUCUAUUAUUUGAAUUAAGUGUAAUCAGAAAAGCCACAAAUAAUUUCUCAAAGGAAAAUAAGCUGGGAGAAGGUGGAUUUGGACCAGUUUACAAGGGACUGCUCGCAGAUGGGCAACAAAUAGCAGUGAAAAGACUAUCAGGAACAUCAAGGCAGGGACUUGCUGAAAUGAAAAAUGAGGUGCUUUUUGUUGCUAAGCUUCAGCACAGGAAUCUUGUAAGAUUGAUGGGUUGUUGCCUUGAGGAGAAUGAGAAGCUCCUAGUUUAUGAGUAUCUCCCUAACACCAGCCUUGAUAAAUUCCUAUUUGAUCCUGCAAGGAAAAUGUUUCUGGACUGGGAAACAAGGUUUAAGAUCAUCGAAGGAAUUGGGCGGGGUCUUCUUUAUCUGCAUGAAGAUUCACGUCUUAGAAUCAUACAUCGAGAUCUUAAAGCAAGCAACAUUUUAUUAGAUGCGAACAUGAAUCCUAAAAUUUCGGAUUUCGGCCUUGCAAAACUCUUUCCCAUUGAUGAAACACAAAGAAAUGCCAGUCACAUUGCUGGGACAUAUGGAUACAUGGCACCAGAAUAUGCAUUACAUGGCCUCUUUUCCACAAAAUCUGAUGUGUUCAGCUUUGGCGUUCUAAUACUUGAGAUCAUUACUGGAAGGAGAAACAACAAUUUUCAAGGUUCAGAUCAUGCAAUGAACCUUCUAAGCUAUGUUUGGCAAUAUUAUAAGAAACAAAUGGCAAUAAAAGUUGUUGAUCGAAGUCUAUGUGAUAAAUUUCAAUCACAAGAGGUAUUGAAAUGCUUACAUAUUGGAUUGCUUUGCGUAGAAGAUAACCAACGUCUGAGGCCAAAUGUGGCCUCAUUGGUUAUGAUGCUUAGCAGCCAAUCUGUGGUGCUUCCGUCUUUGACGAAGCCGGCCUUCAGUGGUGAUGCGAGCAUUUCCAGCGAAGAUUUUUCUGUUGCGAGCAUAGAUCUUGAUUCAACAAAGCUGAAUGAGAAAAUGGAUGGUGUUUCAGGGAAGCAAGCUGAUGAUCAUUCAGGUUUUUCUAGGAACAAGUUCAUGCAGAGGUUUGCUAACUAUACAUCUGCUUCGUCUUCUGUAAAUGACGUUACCAUCACUGAAAUGGAAGUUCGGUAGAAAUUUUUGGUUCA